AUGGCACAGAAAUGGAGACACGAUGACUACAAGGUGGCAUGGAUCUGUCCGCUAGAGGUGGAACAGAUCGCUGCAUUGGAAAUGCUGGAUGAUGAACAUCCCGCCCUGCCAAAAUCCCCAGCGGACCAUAACGUUUACAGUCUGGGGUCCAUCAACGGCCACAACAUCGUCAUCGCUGGCUUAUACGAACCUGGGAACUGUCCCGCGGCUACGGUCGUAGCACAAAUGAGGAUGACGUUUCCUAGUCUCAGGUACGGUCUCCUGGUUGGUAUCGGUGGUGGAGUUCCAGUCGAAACAGAUAACGGAAUAAUACGCCUAGGUCAUGUUGUGGUGAGCAAGCCUACGGCUGGCCAUUCAGGCGCUCUACAGUAUGAUCAUGGGAAAGCGAGGGAUGGCCAAUUCCAACGCAUAGGGGCCCUAGCACCGCCGCCGGCAGUUCUUCUUAAUGCCGCGCAGGAUUUAGAGGCAAAACGAGCAAGACUGGAUAUCGACCCGGUGCAGCAGAACGUCAGCCGGAUUAACACAAGGCGUCGUGGCCUGCGACGGUUCCAGUAUCCCGGUAUGAUGAACGAUUAUCUCUACCCGCCACAAUACGCCCAUACGACACAGGGAGAGCCUUGUACAGUCGUAUGCGACCCAUCGAAGCGCAUAGCCAGAGCAAGUGACGACGACGAGACGUACGUAAUAGUUCAUAGAGGCAACAUUGCAUCUGGGGAGCUGGUGGUGAAGGAUGCAAGGCUAAGAGACGCGCUCGCUCAACAACAUGAGCUUUUGUGCUUUGAGAUGGAAGGCGCGGGAGCGAUCGCCGACUUUCCUUGUCUUAUCGUCCGCGGUAUCUCUGAUUACUGUGAUUCGCAUAAGAAUGAUAAGUGGCACGGGUAUGCGGCCGCUGCGGCAGCUGCGUAUGCUCGACAGCUCUUCUUUCACUUGCCGGUGGAUGAGGUGCAGCGACCACCCAUUAAUUCAACCCAUACGUACAAUCUCUCCUUUAAGUUGCAAGGAGUCAACAGCGUAAACAACUUCGUCGCCAGACAAGCAGAGCUUGGACGCCUGCAUGAGGCGUUGAAGUGGACUGGGAAUCGUCGGACCGUUGUUUUGCAUGGCCUGGGCGGUAUGGGGAAGACCCAGACGACGAUAGCGUACGCGAAACAACAUCGACAUGAUUACUCCGCGGUGAUCUGGUUUGACGCAAGCAACGAGACUGCCCUGAGGCAGAGUUACCAACGAGCAGCCCAACGAAUUGCGAGCGGGAACGCGUCCGUCAUGUACGUCCAGAACGCCGUAAACAGCAGAGACCUCGAUGAGACGGUGGCGGCAGUUAAACGGUGGCUGGAGGACCCAAAGAAUAAUCGAUGGCUUUUGGUCUACGACAAUUAUGACGACGUCGAGUUCCGUACACAAGACAGCUCGAAACAGACUACGCGAUGCGUUGUGACGGACACGGAGUCUAAUGUUCGCGGGACAGUCUCGAAAGCAUACGACAUACGUCCUUAUUUCCCAGAGACUGAACAUGGCGCCAUUUCAAUUACGACACGGUCAUCUUCUGUAGGCCGACUCGGACAAAGUAUCCAGCUUGAGAAGCUAUGCGACAUCCAGGAAAGUAUAGAAAUACUGGCAUCGACCUCCGGGCGCGUUGAUUUUUCCAAGGAUCCGGGUUCCAAGCUACUUGCACAAAAGCUUGAUGGCCUUCCACUCGCCCUCGCAACAGCUGGAGCCUAUCUGAGCAAAGUUUCAACUAGCUCUACGGAAUAUGUUCAAAUGUACGAGAUAAGUUGGCUGCAAUUGCAGGAGCAGAGUCCACACCUGCUAGAGUACGAUCGAGCAUUGUACUCUACUUGGAAUGUCUCUCUCCGACAUAUUCAGUUGCAGAACCAAUACGCCGUUAAGCUCCUUCGACUAUGGGGACAUUUUGACAACUACGACCUAUGGUACGAACUGCUGCAGGCAGGCAGACUGAAGAAGCCAGCUUGGCUUCAUGAGAUUACUAAAGACAGGCCAAGUUUCGACGCAGCAAUGAGAGUUCUCUGUGAAUAUGGUCUAGCAGAGCCGAACGCAUAUAGCCAAGCAGACUGGAGACCGGAAUCGAGAGGAUAUAAUCGACUGGACGAUGCAGAGGCCAUGUUCAAGCGAGCUCUUCACAUCCGUGAGAAGACAUUGAGCUUAGACCACAUUGGCAUAGUCGCUGAACAUCAUCUUCUACGUGUUGUCUAUUUCAAACGAGGGCAACUAGACGAUGCCGAAGGAUUGUGCGAACAAAUGAUCGAAAUCCACGAGAAAGCACAAGAGCCAGACUAUCUAUCGACAACCUCGAUGGCCAGUGAUCUUGGAAGUCUAUCGACAACCUCGAUGGCCAGUGAGCUAGGCAGUCUCUUCAUAAAACAAGGUCGACUGGAGUAUGCAGAGACCAUGUUAAGAUUGGCUCUCCAAGGCUACGAGAAGGCAGUAGGCCUUGACGACCCAGACACACUCAGCUUCGUCUGUGACCUAGGCAUUUUUUAUACCAAAAGAGGCCAGCUAGAGGAGGCCAUGACAAUGUGCGAACGGGCUUUCGAAGGCUAUCAGAAGGCGUUCGGGCCAGAUCACCCGGAUACACUCUCGGCUGUCCGCAGUAUGGGCUCUGUCUACUAUGAAGGAGGCCAGCUAAAGGAUGCCCAGAUAAUGUACGAACGGGCCCUACAAGGCCUCCAGAAUGCAUUUGAUCCAGGCCACCGGGACAUACUCCUGACCUUACAUUGUUUAGCCGUUGUCUUCGAAGAUCAAGGCCAACUUGAAGACGCCAGAAUGAUGUGCGAACGCAUUCUUCAAGCAUACGACACGACGCUGAAGUCAAGUAGCUUAGAAUUCUUUGUUCCGGCUUUAGAUAUGCUCCACAGUCUUGCAGGGUCAUUUGAAGAGCAGGGCGAGGCAUUUAAAGCUAUGUCAUGCUACCAACAGGCUCAAAAGGGGUUCUUAAAUGUAUUUGGACCAGAUGACGAUCAGUACAUCGACAUAUGUUAUCAGAUUAGCUCGUUGCAGUCUUUGAUGAAAGAGCUCACCAUUUCCCCAGAUGCAGCUUAG